GCCACAUAUAUGGCGACAACGAGGCAGGAAGAAUGACCAAUGAUGAGUUCGCAAGAUGGAGCUCUACCAGCUUGAUGAUGGAGCUUGAUGCAGCAGCCUGAUGCCCGCUUCACGGCAGUGCCGCACGGAAGAUCCGCCUUGUAGAUCAUUUUCAACGCAGGCUCAUUCCCUCUCUUUCCGGCUUCUGUUGACAGCCUUAUCCUCUCUUGCGGCGGCCCUUCUGUCCACCUGCAUCAUACCUGCCGCUGCUGAGUCGUCCGCCGAGCUGCCGCUGUCCAUGUUUGGCGGACGAGGUGAUCUUCUUGAGAGGCGAGCGCAUCAGCAAUGGUCAGCCAAUGAGGAUGACGAGUGUUACUCGUGGAGGAGGAGACCGCGGCGGCGAGGGCGAGUGCAGCGUCCUCCCUACCCCUCUGCCCUUCCUGCGUUCCUCUCCUCCCCCCGUGCAUUCAGCCUUGUCCGCCCAGCACGGCCACGACAGCGACCACGGCCACUCAUCCGAAUCAAAUGGCAACAGGUCGGCCCCUUCACCCUUCUCGUCCUCCCUCCUGAUGACCAACAACAGGCGACAAUCGUGGGUGCGAAUGCCGACGACCCGGCCGUUCCUGCCGACUUUGUCCGUCCGGAGAACUGGACCCGCUACCAGCGAUACAAGAGCAAGCGGACCAACAUGUCACCAGAGGGGCGGGCGAGGUGUGCGGAGGGCGCGCGGAAGGCCCACGCGAUAAUGCGUCAACGGGGUCAUCCGCACAAGGGCAGGAGGCACUCGGAGGAGACCAAGCGGAAGAUGAGCAUAUCCUCCAAGGGGGCUGUGCCGUGGAACAAGGGCAUCUCCUACAAGGAGAGGGACGCACACAAACCGCCGGAGAACAGAACCAACGAGCGCAUACGAGCUAAGUGAGUCAGUGAGUGGGCGUCAAUCGUCACACACACACCUGACUGAAAACAUGAGCGCACACCACACUACACCCACUGUGCAGUGCAGAAGGAGCUGUGUCUGUCUGUCCGUCCGUCCGUCCGUCAGGUUGCUAGCGAGCCACCGUGCCAGGGACGAGGCCAAGGCCGCGUCGCUCAACAUGACCUACGACGAGUACAAGCAGCACAAGGUGGACAAGCAGCGGGAGUACAAGCGCAUCAGGGGCAGGCUGCACAGGGCCCGCAAGCUGUUGGCGGAGCGGGACAAGCUGGGCCUGCCCCCGGUGGAUGAGGGGGAGCUGGACGAGCUGCUCACCAACAUGGGCCUGAUGGACCUCAAAGCUGAGGUGCUACAGUACCAACGCACUCAGACGACCGCCACGGUCAGCCAGCGGUGGGACAGUACAGUGGACCACACACACACACACGUCUGUGUGUGUGUGUGUGCGUGUGUGUGUGUGGCGUGUUGUGUUUAUUUAUCAGCGUAAGGGCUACUCUGAUGAGGCCCGUGUGCGUAUGAGUGCCAAGAUGAAGGCGCGGUGGGCGGACCCAGAGUACAAGGAAACCGUAUCGCAGAGAAUCCUACAGGCAAGUCAAGUCAGUCGCCACACCAAACUCACAUACACCACAACCAGAACAAGGGGAGUCGAUUCGAUGUGAUGUGUGUGUAUGCUGGCUGUGUGUGUACCUGGCCUGCCCGGGUCGGUAUGUGGGUGCAGGGUGCGCAGCGGACAGCCAACAGGGAGCUCUGCAGUGUCAAGAAGAAAGAACUGGUGAGUGAGUAAGUGGAGAGACAGGCUGGCUGGCAUACGCACCCACACCAACCAACCAACCAACGAACGAACCAAGAACACCCACCCUUAUGUCACUUCCCGUCUGUCUGUCUGUCUGUUCCUUCUCAGUGGGCAGACGAGCAGUACAGGUGCGUUGCGUUGCGUGCGGCCGCCAAUGCAUUGCCUCCACCCAUCACAUCCCCUCCCCUCCCUCCCUCCACUCACUCACCCAAUGGGUGCCUGGCAUGGCCUGGCAUGCUGCUGUGUCUGCUAAUUCACCUCACAGGUCCCAGAUGAAUCAGCAGCGAGCGGAGCGUUUCGCCGACCCCGCCUACCGUGAGUGGUGGAGCCGCCGGGUGCGGGCCACCUGGAGCGACCCCGUCAAGCGCGCAAACAUCCUGGCGAGGCAGCGGGCCCGCAUGGACCAGUGGUACGCCGACCACGGCAUGGACGCCGACGUCAUGAAGGGCAUCCCCUACAACAUCAGGAGACAGAUCUACAAACAGGUCGGGGCGGUGCGGUGCAGCAGAGCAGAGGUGGUCACACACGUCAGACGGGAUGGAUGGAUGGACAACUGUGUGUGUGUGUGUGUGUGUGUUUAGUUGGGAGUGAACAGCGGCUUUGUGAGUCGGUCUGCGGACGAGAGGGAGGCCAUGGUUCGCAAGAUCAAGGCCCUCUUCGCAAAUCCGCACUUCCUCGCAAAGGUCUGCUCUUCUUGGACACAAACUUGACAGUGGCCGUGAUGCGAUGUGUCAACACGCCUUUCUCUCUCGCUGUCUGUCUGUCUCUCUGUCUCUCUGUGUGUGUCCUGCAUGUAUGUCUAGGCUAAGGUGAGGCGUCGUUCGCCGUCGGCCGGGACGCGCCGGAAGAAGGAGGACGAGGAGAAGGAGGUGAGUUGUCGACAGACACCACGACCCGCACACAAAAGGGCCUGCCUUUUAUCGUGUGUGGCUGUAUGUGUUUGUCUGGUGCCGUCGGUGCAGCGCCAAGAGGCCUACUGGUCACGGGUGUACGGGGCCAUCAUUUACGAGGCACAGCAGGUGCGCCACCUGACCUGCAUGAGAUCGAUCAACACAACACCGCCAUACAGUACACACAUGCAUGCUGUCCUGUCUGUCUGCCUGCCCCACUCCCACAGAAGGAGGCCAACGGCCAUGGCGUCGGUGUAGUCUACGCGGAUCUGCUCUCUGUCAAUGAGGCCGGUGCUGGUGCCAGAGACAGCGCUCGCGGUGGGGCUGCGGGUGAGGGGAAGGGCGAGCCUCUCGUGGUCCGAUAUCAGCCAAAGCCGAGACGGUGAAUGACUGAAUGAAUGAAUGAGUCAGGCAGGCAAGG